UUUUCUAUUUGGAAGCUAUUUAUCUAUCGAAAAUGGUGACAACAUGUGUGGUUUGCAAUGUCACAAACCCCGGUAUGAUAAGCAUAUUCGAGCACCCCAGCAAUUUGGAUUAUAUGCUAAAUUUUGUGACUGAACAUAAGGUGGAGGGUGACGAUUUCUUGUGCUUAACAUGCUAUGAAGAACUUAAAAUCGCCUUCAAUUUCAAACAGAAGUGCCAACGCUCUCCUUUGUACCGACGGGUGCCUAAAUAUGCUGUCGAAGCCUUUAGAAGUGAAGUUGCGUCCAGUCUAGAUGAUUUCAGUGCCCCAUUUUUCGAAAUAUCGAAAUCACCAAGGACAAGGUUGAAAUAUGAGCUGCAGCACGAAGGCAACGAGGAAAUGAUCUCGACAAAAAUUCCGGACGAAGAUAAUGAGGAAACCAGUAAAGAUUACUUGUUCGACGACCAGAAAUUCAUUGAGUAUAAAGACGAACUCGCUGAAACCAAUAAGGACCAACAAUCAACAGAUGUUGGCAAGAGGAUGAUGAAGUCCACCACGCCAUCGGAUGAGAAUGAGGGAAACUUUGAUGACCCGAUGGCGGGCAGACCCGAUGACCAGGCAGAGAUAAAAUGUGACCUACGUGAUAAAGCGUUCACGAAAAAAGGCAACUUCCACCGCCAUAGGGCUCAAGCUCAUUCCAGCCGUGGGAAAAACAAGCGCAGGCACCGUAAUAAACACAGGAGGCACGCCAUUUUAAAAUAUGCUGACAACGAUAUUUACAAGAACCUUGGAGAAGGACAAUGCGAAUAUUGCUUUGUCAUACUAGCAACAGUUGAACUUCUUCAAGAGCACAAAUCUCAACACAAAGAAGAGGAGCGGCCGUAUAGCUGCAACCAACCGAAUUGCACAGCUCGCUUCAAAAAUCGCCACAGUGUGAGAAGUCAUGUACGGGUUCAUUCGGAUCAGAAACGAUGCAAAUGCCGCUUUUGUAGCAAAGGUUUCCACAAGCGGGGUAACCUAAGGGCGCACGAACGUUGUCAUACAGGCGAGAAGCCAUUCCUUUGUCCCCAAGGAAAUCUAAAGUCUCAUAUUCGAUUCAACACGUGCGAACCACCUUAUUCCUGUGACUAUUGCUCAAAAAAGUUUCGAACACACUUUUCACAUAAAAUCCACCUUCAGUCUCAUACGCAGGAGUAAUCAUUCGAAUGCGAUGAUUGCGAGAAAAGCUUCAGUUGUACUGGGAAGCUUCGGAUACAUGAGUGAAUUCGCAAAGAUGGUACGUGUGUAUUUACGGGGCGUCGUUUAUAAAUAGAA